UGAAGAGACUCCAUCUCCUAGUAGUUCUGAUACUGCACUACUUUCUUCACCUUUGCAUAGCCGAAGGAGCGCCUGGAACUCUCUGCGGCAAAACCCAGAUCGACCCGCCUUUUUCGAACUUGAAUUCGACCGAGGCAUCUCCAUUGAGUAGGAUGAUUCUCUGCAGAUCUCAGAAGCCAUAUUUCAGAACAUCUCUUGGUCUUUUCCGGAUUUCCUCCAUUGACUACACCAACAAACUACUGACCAUCUCACACCAACCGUCUUGUUCAUCUCAAUCCCAUUUGUUCUUUCCUUCACUUCUCACUGCUGGUUUUCCCCCGCCUCCGCACCCAAACUCACUCCUCCUCCUCAACUGCAGCGAUACAAGACUCCCCAUAAUGUCGACUCUUAUCCAUAAUUGCACUAAUUUUCAUACAUGCCGAGUUCUUCCAGAAACUCCAGGGCAACCAACUGAACCUCUUGAUUCAUGCUUGCUUAUUCAUGAUCUCGAAAAGCUUGAGAAUGGUAUUGAUCCUAAGGCCCUGAACUGCUCCAGUUACAGAUGGGUAUACAAGAACAAUGCUACUAAUGAUGGUACUGAGUCGGAGGACUACAAAGGGUAUGAGCUUGGGACGAGGAUAUCAUUCGACAUUCCAGAUCACGUGCCGAACAUCUGCAACGAGUGUGAAAAGCCUAAUGGAAACUGCGGUGUGGGAUUAAGGUGCAUUUGCCAUCCAAGGGAGUGCAGGGAUAAGGUCAUCUCAGGAGGAAGUGCAUCAUCCAAGUCCUUUGGUAGUGUCCUCUUCUGUUUCCUUGCUCUCCGUUUGGUUCUAUUCAUUUGAGAAUCUGCUGGUGCACUGGUAAUGAACAGACCAAGAUUAUUAGACAA